AUGGGCCAGACUGUGGCAUACUCUCAACAGGAGUUGGAUACCGAACGGUCUACAGGACUGGCAAUCUUCAGACAACAGCAACCCAUCUUGAAGAGCUUCAAUGAGAAGACUCAGGUUCCCCAUAUCCAUUUGCGACUGUGCUCCUCUGGCUACUUGGAGCUUUGUGGGCCAGACCCCGGGGGGAAACUGGAAAGUUUUCUGAAGUCCAAGUGGCAGGCCGACGAUGCAGUGCUGGUAGGCAGAAGAGUUAUGCCAAGUGGGGCCUGCUGUUGGCAGACCAGAGGCGAGGCCAACCUGCCACGGGAGACCAUGGACUACACCUGUGACAAGCACUUUGUGUUUGGGAAGCAAUUGACCGAUGGCAGCGUCCAAGGCAACGGUGUCUUUCAUUCACAAGGUUGGCAAGGUGAGAGCAACAUGGCGAAGCUCACGCUGUCCCUGAUCAACUUCAUGAAUGAGCUUCAUUGCGAGCUGCUGUCGUGUAGCAUGGAGAACCUCGAGACGAGAUUCCGUGAGUCGCAGCUCACCUUUCGAGCGCCUCAUGAGAAAAGCACUUUGGGCCCUUUCAUGAUGGUCACGAUGAGGCAGACGGGGUACAUAGAGCUGGUUGGAGCGAACGCUGAGGGCAUUCUGGAUCAAUUGAGUAAAUAUGUUCAGCAGGCCCUGGGAUGCAGUCGCUUGGAGGCCAACGAAAUCUUUUGUGAUCGAAAGUUUCAGGCAACCUUUGCUUUCCCUUCCCAUGCGGUCUCCAGCUCUGGAGACAACAACAUGGGUCGCGGAGCAGCUGGCAUCAUCAACUUCAUGGCCCAAACAUGUGGAUGGUCCUUGGUGUCCCACACCGAGUCAGACAGAGGUCAGGACGGACAAGGGCGAGAGCGAAACAUGCUCUUCCGGAGAGAUUCUUUGGGCUUCCAUGCUCAUGUCAUUGUGGAGCUCAGAAAUGCUGGGCGAAUCUAUUUGAAUGGGGCCAAGGAGGGGCUGAGAGAGGCCGAGGGCUACUUCUUGAAACGGGGUUGUCAGGCCUGCAGCCCGGAGAACCUUUGUGAUGCGCAGUAUGUGGGCGCAGCCGGUUUCUUUGUCGUUGACGAGGCCAACAAUACAAACCUUGGCAGGCGGACUGUCGAGGUCACAGAGUGGAUGAGCGGAAAAGGUUGGGUACUGCGCUCUUGCAGUGGCAUGCAGCAUAAUCAUCAAUGUGGCGCCAAGAGGCAUGAGCAGCAUUUGGUCUUCGCUCGACCCAAACAACGCAACCAAGCUCCCUCACCUACCUCCACUUUGGCUGUAGAGUUUCGGGUGCUGCCUCAGUCUAUCAAGAGGGACUACACUUGUGUUGUUCAGAUUUCAGGUCAAAACACCAAUGGGGUCUAUGAAAAGCUCUUGUCACAUCUCACAGAGAUCAUGCUAUGUGAGAAUGUGGGCCCACAAGGUUUUUGUGAUCUCUUGCUUGCCAGCAAUGCCCUUCGGGUCACUGGGCUGAACUUGCACGGCGAAUCCAACUUUGGAAAGUUUAGCAGCAUUCUGUGUGAUUUCAUGGUGGAUCACCUGAAGCAAUGGGCGCUUGUGAGUAAUGUUGGGCAGAGUGGUUCCAAACGCUGGAACGUGUCAGAAGGGCAGACCCCACACUACGUGACCCUCCUGGCACGGCAGCAGCUUUUCAUUUUCUGUUCGGACUCACCGGCACCUCUUCAGGAGAAGAUGAGCACUCUUUGA